AUGGAGAAAGAGAUUGUGGAAAACCUUUGGAAUGGUGAUAGUGAAGCUCAAAUUCAAGCAGCAAUGAAACUUAGUAGAUUGUGUAGUAAGCAAAAACACAAUUUGGCAGAAAGUGGAGUUAUGGUCCCUCUGGUUUCCAUGCUCCAUUCUGAAAACUUUGAAGCUAUAGAAGCUUCUCUUUAUGCUCUUCUAAACCUUUCCUUUGGCAGUGAAAGAAACAAGAUUCGGAUAGUCAGGUAUGGAGUUUUGCCAAUUUUGCUGAACCUCCUCCAUUGUGAGAGCCAGACAGUGAUACAAUUGUCACUAGCAGCCAUGUUAACACUUUCCUCAUGCAAGAGAAAUAAGAUAGCUAUAGCUUCAUCUGGUGCAGUUCAAAUUUUGGUUGAAUUUAUCAAUAGUAGUAACACUCAAACUCAAUCUCAACUAGAUGCUAUAGCUACUCUCCAUAACCUCACAACUUGCCAAGAGAUUAUUCCAUUGAUUGUAUCUUCUGGUGUUAUACUUUCCUUGCUUGAACUGAUCCACGGCUCGGUAAAAUCGUCUUCAUCGGUUGAGAAAGCAAUAGGGUUGCUAGAAAAGAUUGUUUCUUCAUCAGAGAGUGCACUUUGUCAGACUGCUAAUACCGGAGGAGCGAUUCGGAUACUGGUUGAGACUAUUGAAGAUGGAUCAUCACUAGGCAAAGAGCAUGCAGUUGGUAUACUUCUCCUUAUAUGUCAAAGCAGCAGAGAAAAAUAUAGAGUAUUGAUUUUGACAGACGGGGUGAUGCCAGGAUUGCUUCAGUUAAGUGCUGCUGGAACGUGCAGAGCCAAAUCCAUGGCUAGAGAAUUGCUGUUGCUUCUGAGAGACUGCUCGAGUUGUAGCUCGAGACAUAGACAAAUUAAUCAUGAGCUUAUUGAACAGAUAAUGGACGAGAUUGAUGCAGAGGGAGAGAAAUUGGGACAUACUACUUUGAGAUUGGUAGAGGAGAUGAUUGCAAAGCUCAAUACAUAA